AUGUUGAUGCGCCAUAUUAAUGACAUUAAGGUGUCCUUGUCACCCUUCAACACUGCCUCCAAAGCAUCACGAUUAUUUUUAAAUCGCGUGAAUACCAACGAAGCACGUAAAUUGAAUCCAGCAUUGAAAAUCACAACAACUAUCUUGAGCGAUGCUCAGGCACCUUCGCGCAUUGACGUCGUAUACCGUGAUGGCAAAAAGCUCGGACUCGAUACGGAUAAGCUAAAGAUUGACAACAUUGUGGAACUUGUCAACAAGCAUGCGAAAAAACUAGAGGAAGUUGAACAAGCCAAUUCUUGGUAA